CUGUAUCUUACAAUUAACUAAAAAUGGCGUUAUCAAAGUCAAUUCAGAAGGCACAAAUUCCUCUACCUUGUGAAUUAUGCGAAAUUGAGACAAAAAUCAAGUGGAAAUGUACAGACUGUAAUCUCUUAAUGUGUGAUAAAUGUAAAAACAAAGUCCACUCCAAAUUUAAAAAGGCAAAAGAACACAAAAUAAUCACAAUCAAGGAAGUAGGACUUCAUGGAGAUGAUUCCGGACCAAAGUUAGACUUUAGUGACAUUCAGUGUAAAGACCAUUCUGGACAAGUCUGCUGUUUGUUCUGUAAAUCAUGUGAUCACUUAGUGUGUCCUACUGGAGUGACUAAAACCCAUAAAACACAUGAAUUAGUAGAGAUUGAAAAUGUUUUUAGAAUGAGGAUGGAGUUACUGAAAAAAAGGAAAGAAAAGCUUAAACAACAACAUGAUGACUUGAAAAAGGAUGAAAAAAAAUUAAAUGCACUAAAAGAAACAAACAAGUUGAGCUUUGAUCAGACCCAGAAAGAUAUCCUUCAAGAGAAACAAAUUUGGAAAGAAGCAGGGGACAAGUAUGCUGAAGAGCUGAGAAGUGAAAUUAAUAAACAAUGGAGACGAAAAGAGGAAGCCAUUGAAACUGAAAGUACCAAGGUUAAAAAAAUUGAACAGUAUCUCAAUAACAAGAUACAACUUAUAGAAGAUACAAGAUGUUUUAAGGAUGUGAAAAAGUUCUUUGAAGAUACAAAAUCCCUUGAAGAUGUAAAGAAGAUGCCAAAAAUUAAUCUGAAUCAAAGUCAACUGCAAAGAUUUGAACCAGGACAGAUUGUUCAGUCUUAUUUUGGAUCAAUUCAAGAAGAAAAUCAUAAAGACAAAAUGAUAAGAAUAGAAGCCAUCAGAGAGUACAUUACAGAAUUACCUAUAGUUAAUCAAAUAUUACAAAGCUCUGAGAAUACUUUCUGGAUACAUUCCUCUGUUUAUCCAAAAACUAUACAGAAAGUAACAUUAGAACCGGACAGUUCUUUGAAAGUUCUACUAGAAGUAAAGGAUUAUGCUUAUUGUACAGCACUGACUAGAAAUGGUGAUCUUCUUGUUUCUGAUCUCACUUCAAAUCUAAAGAUUCUAAAUGAAAACACAAAAAAACUUACAAUUUCGAAAUAUAAUUUUCAAUCAUACAUAGUAAAGUCAAUCCAUAUCAAUAGAGAAAACCAACUGAUAGUAGGAGCUGUAAAGAAGUUACCAAUAGACUACUCAGUCUCUGGUGAAGGUGUUGUAAUGGUGAUGGACAUGUAUGGAAACCAUCAAGUAAAGUAUGAAUUUGACAAAAACAAUGAACCUUUAUUAACAAAUCCAAUGCAUAUAACCACUACAAAGAAUGGGAACAUUUUCAUUAUAGACAGGACUACAGGGGACUUCAGAGGACGAGUAGUUACACUGGAGAAAGGAACAGUUGUUAAUAUCUAUUCUGGGCAUGCUGAUAUCAACUCUAAGAAUCAUCCUUUUAAACCACAGACGAUAGAGGCUACACCAAAUGACAAUAUUAUUGUAUCAGACACGUUCAAUAACACACUACACAUUCUGGAUAAUUGUGGUCAUCUUCUAUUCUACUGCAAUACAAUGGAGGCUGGAGUAAUGGGACCAUAUUCAAUGGCUUUCAUUGAACCAGGAAAACUUCUCAUUGGAUGCGCUACAACAUUAAUAAGUGCAAACAAUCCUAAUGCUAAAAUAUAUGAAGUGGACAUUCCCAAAGAUAUCUAAUGAAACAAUCGAAAUAGGUUCACAAUUAGAAGUCCUUCAAGACUCCAGAUAUUAAAGUUAAAAGAAUCAUUUCUUUAGUAUUUCACAUAUUAUAAAAGAGCUAUGUAAUCUUACUGAAAGUCAUCACAAUUGAAUAUAAUUGAUAGAAUGUAACAUUGAUUAUAUAUCAA